UUGGAUAAAUAUCCAUAUUAUGUGGAGCGCGAAUGGUGGAAAGAUGGUAAUCGUAUGACAUUUUGGUCGACGUGGCGAAUGAAGCGAGACGUAAAGAGGCGGCAGCUGCUCGCCGAAUUAGGUCCAGAUCGUGUACGAUUGAAGGCCCUAAAAUCCAACAUUCUGUUGCCGAAACUGAUUACGGAUGAAUGCGCUGAGAAGUUGCAUAAUUUUCCAAAGGGUUCAUGUCCAUGUCUUGUACAGCAUUUGUGUCAAUUCAGUGGCGCACGACGAGGAAAACUCAAUCGAUUUCAUCUUCAUCGGCAGAUUUUCAGGCGGCUUGCUGACCAUGGCCAGUUGUGUGGUAUACAGCGUGGAAAGUGGUGA